AGAUCUCUUACGGUUGAAAAAAAAAGAAUCGCAGCCGUUGUGCUCGGGUGCUACGUGAAGAAGCAGUGGAAUUUAUGCGCGUCUGUUAAAUCAUCUUAGAAACCAUCUCCUAGUUUUGCUGAUUCAUCAUGUCCGGCUUUCGAUUCGAUAGAGGUGACGGUGGACCGCCCAGGAGGGACAGGGAUAGAAGCCCGAACGACAGGCGUGGAGAUAGAGGCGGUGACAGAUCUGGAAGACCAGAUGAUCGUUGGGGGACCGACAGGGGCUCCUCCUCGUCUGCACCGAGGUUUGAUCGGGGAGAUCGAGGUAGCCGAUCAUAUGGUGAUGACCGCCAUGGAGCGGGCAGCUAUUCUAACAGUCGUGGGGGUGGCCAUGAUUCUUACCGCGAUCGAUCCAACGACCGAGGCCAGGAUGACAGACGCGGAGGUUACGAUGACCGCAGAUCUGGAUACGACGAUCGACGAGGUCGAGGGGGAUAUGAUCGCGGUGGUCGAGGGGGAUAUGAUCGCGGUGGUCGAGGGGGAUUUGAUCGUGGAGGCCGAGGUGGCUUCAGAGGCGGACGUGGGGGAGGGGGUGGUGGUGGAGGACCUGCCUUCACGACUGAUGCUGCUGUAGAUCUGAUGGAUCAAGCGUCCGAGGAUCACAAUGCUAUGGAAGGGUCUGCAGGAAAACGCUUCAAAGUCGUAACCAAUGCAUCCCGAAUGAAGAUCAGAUCCAAGUUCCUCAUUCACAUGUAUCACGUUGAUUUCGAUGAAUCCGUUGAAGAUCGGAGGACGAUGGUAUGGUUGGUGAAUCAGUCCAGGGAAAUACAUAACGGAGUUUUUAUCCCGGACCAUUCCCUGUACUCCACCAAAGACUUCGUUGAUCCAGUCACGAAGAAACUAGAAAUACCUCUGAGCAGGCGCUCACGAGAAGGAUCUAUUCCAGUGACGGUGAAGUACCGCUGGACCAAAACCGUGGAUGAUACGGAUCCAUCGUUCGUUAACUUCGCGAACAACAUUUUGCGGAAGUCACUGCAUGCUUUGGAGAUGACGAUGAUCAAACGAUCCUACUAUGACCUGGGUGCCGCCCAGUACAUUCCCGAGUUCAACAUCAACCGGGUCCCGUCUUAUGACAUCUCAUUGAAAAGACUUCGAGGUGGAAUUUAUCUCGAUGUUGAAAUCAGGGAGCGGUCUAUGAGGAGGGAUACCGUCCUAGACGCCAUGAAAGCAACAUACAAGAGACUCCAGCGAGCCAACAAAGUGGGAGAAUUUAUAGAUACUGUCAGAGCGGAAUUGGUGAACAAAGUGGUUUUCCUAAGGUAUAGCGGCCGAACUUUCAAGCUUUGUGACGUGACGGAUAAAACCGUCAAUUCUACGUACAAAGAAGGAUCUGACGAGACUGUCUUGGAAUACUUCGAGCGAAAUUACGCAAACGACAAGUUCGCGCAAAUUACUGAUCUGGACCAGCGCUUGGUCAAGGCGGUUAGCACUGAAAAGGAUUUGCGCCACGUUCAGCGUUUCUUGGAUCGCAUCAAGGCUCACGAGAAGAUAAAAGCAGAGAUAACCACGAAAUGGGGAUUUGAAAUUUCCCCGGAUGUCGCUGAAGUCGAAGCUCGUGAGCUUCCGAUGGUUGGACUGACCAUGAGCAGCAGAACCAUUAACAUUCAAAAUUCAAGCUUCCAGAAUUGUCUGCGCCAGUCCAGGGCUGAGAUUGCGGUGAGUUUGAAGGAGUGGAUUGUAGUGGCCACGGAUCGAUUUAGAGAUGUGGAAGAUCCAGUGAGGAAAUUGGCAAACUUGAUGCGAGAACUCGGCAUGGAAGUCGGCAAGCACACUGUGGAACGCACAAGAGGAGACGCGGCCCAUGCUUUCUCAUCUAUUCUGCAAAAAAUUGUACAAACAAGGCCACAAUUUGUCUUGAUCUUCGUGCCAAGUGCGGACGAGGCCCGCUAUCAAGCCGUGAAACGAUGUCUCAUGGUUGAUCAUGGAGUGCCAAAUCAGGUUGUCCAAGAAAGUACCCUUGGUAAGGGGUUGAGUGCGCUCACGAAAAUUGCGCAUCAGAUCAAUUGCAAGUUGGGUGGAGCCCCGUGGAAACUCGUGACGAGCGAAAUGGGCACUUUGGUCAUCGGCUUCGACGUGUACAAGGAGAAGCGCGCUCAGACGUCAGUGAGUGCUUUGGUGGCUGCGCUUGACAAGGACUUCCUGAAGUUCACUUCGGAUUCCCGAGUUACCGAAACGAGAACGAGCGAUAGAAUCUCGCCUCAUUUGUCGCAGUGUUUCGAGCAUGUUUUGAAGAGAUACCGGGAAGCCAACAAAUCUUACCCGAAACGCGUUGUGGUUUUUCGGGGAGGCGUUUCUUUCGGAGAUUACGACGCUCUACGAGCAAGUGAAAUCGAUUCGAUCAAAAAUACCUUCAAGUCGAUGACGAAUGAAGACAUUAAACUGGGUUAUUUGAUCGUCAACAAACGCGUGAGCAACUACUUCUUCAAGAGGAGUGAUCGCGAUCAUUCCUCCUUCUUCAAUCCGCCCGGAGGAACUGUAAUUGAUGCGGAAAUUUCGUCACCGGACAAGAAGGAAUUUUAUUUGAUCCCUCAAUCCACAAACCAGGGAACUGUCAACCCUGUGAACUACGUUCUCCUGGAGGACACCAUUCCGGAGUUUUCGCUGGAUCAUUUCCAACUUCUGGCGUUCAAGCUGACCCACGCGUACUUCAAUUGGACUGGGGCUAUUCGUGUUCCGGCGGUUCUCCAAUACGCCACUAAGCUGGCUACGCUAGUUUCAACGGGUACAAAGAAGCCCUUGCAUCGGGAUCUUGCCGGAGCGUUGACCUUCUUUUCCGAAAGGUAUUUCUUCGGUUCCAGAGAAAUGAACGGGCCCGGUUCCCGGGUCAAGUUAAACUUGGUUCGUGUUUUCUCUCUCCAACCCGCAGUUCUAGCCGAAGUAUCGAACAGUAUUCUGACAGCCAUAAUCAGUGGGAUGCUGUUACCUGAUGAGAGCAUUCGGUUAGCUGCUGUCAAUGCCUUGCUGAACUCGCUUGGGUUCGCGCAGAACAAUUUUGCCGUUCAGAGCAAACGGAAGGUCAUCAUGUCCGUGACAUGUGAAGCCACGACGUCCAGUAAUAGUGCAGUGUUCGGGCCGAAUUAUCUGGUUGUACUACGAGUAUAUGGAGGUUUACAUGGCCAGUGCCCUUCUACCGAUAACUCUCGAGGCCAUGAAUCUGGACACGAGCGAACUGGUGCUGCAAGGAAUAGAAUUUUGGAGCACAGUGUGCAAAAUCGAACUGGAUUUGGCUUCAGAAUCAGCAGAGUUGGAGUGACCCGCGCUGGCUGA